GAAUUGGAAGCCCCGAUAUUCGCGAUCUUUACGAUUCGCCUAGCAAACGUCGAACGAAGAGCUCACACGAGAGCACGACACCAAAGUUUUUCCCCUAUAUUCUUCAAGUACAUAUUACCUGGUUUAGGUACUGCCGCAGGUUUUCUCUAUCCGUGUACACGUUUAUAUGUGUGUGAAUAAUUUCACGCUUAUUACCUGUUGAGCACUGGCAAAACGCUGCUUGACUUUGGCGGUUCUUAAAGCGGCCAGCACUCGUAAUAUUCUCAGUUCCAGCCGCGGCAUUCACGGCACCACAACCGCGCUUCCAGCAACGUAAAAAGCCCCCUCCCCCCCACCAAAAAAAAAAAAAUAACCGCCAUCACUUCAAAACUGCAUUUGGAGUUAUCAACCAACCAUAACCAAGGGCUUGCAAAUGCAAUGUGCUAAUUAAAAAAAUAUAUAAAAUUUAAAAGGAAAACGCAAAUAACCGCCAACGGUGUUUUUUUUUUAUUCAUAAAACGAGAAAGAUUUUAAUUUAAAACUGGAAACAAAAAUGGAAUUGAAAGGCGUUCAGCCGUCGAAUGGCACAGCAGCAGCAGCAAAUGGGACCGCCAAUGGAUCUGCGGAAAAAACAGAUGCCGAGAAUCAGGCAGUGGAGCGUACCAAUUGGGGCAAUGGUCUCGAGUUCCUUAUGUCCUGCAUCUCGGUGUCCGUGGGAUUGGGAAAUGUCUGGAGGUUUCCAUUCACUGCCUAUGAGAAUGGAGGAGGCGCCUUUCUGAUACCCUAUAUCAUAGUUCUGUUUUUGAUUGGAAAACCCAUGUACUAUUUGGAAAUGAUCAUUGGACAGUUUACGAGUCAAGGCACGGUGAAGAUCUGGUCGGUAGUGCCGGGUUUCGUGGGUGUAGGUUACGGCCAGGCCUUUGGCACCAUCUGCAUUAUCUCGUAUUACUCAUCGUUGCUGGCCUUAACCCUUUACUAUCUCUUCGUGUCGUUCCAAUCGGAACUGCCAUGGUCAUAUUGUCGCGAUGAGUGGACCAACUGUGUGAACUCGAGACCGCAGGACUACACGGAAAACCUACUAACCGGCAUGUCCUGGGCCAAUCAAACGGCUAGAAAUGUCAGUGUUUUAGCCGACAAUGAUACAGUGAAACUUCAAAGUAGCUCUGAACUCUACUUCCUGGAUGUAGUGAUCAAGGAGAAGCUAGACAUCUCGGACGGCGUUGGAAAUCCUGACUGGAAGUUGACUAUUGCCUUGUUUGUUUCCUGGGUUGUGAUCUUCCUGGUGAUCAUGCGUGGUGUGAAGAGUUCUGGCAAGGCUGCAUAUUUCCUGGCUCUGUUUCCCUAUGUGGUUCUCUUUGUUCUUCUGAUAAGAGCGGUCACCUUGGAAGGAGCACGCGAUGGUAUUCUCUUCUUUUUGGAGCCCCAGUGGGGUGAACUCUUGAACCCAACCGUUUGGAAGGAAGCGGUGGUGCAGUGCUUCUUCUCCCUAGCCGUUGGUUCUGGACCAAUCAUCAUGUUCGCCUCUUAUAAUCGAUUUGAUCAUGGAAUCUACAGGGAUGCCAUGAUAGUGACCACACUAGACACAUUGACUAGUCUACUGGGUGGUAUAACUAUCUUUGCGAUAUUGGGCAAUCUGGCGCAUAAUUUGCAAAUCGAAAAUAUCCGAGAUGUGGUGCGAAGUGGCACAGGAUUGGCCUUUAUUUCAUAUCCGGAUGCCAUAUCAAAGUUCCAGGCAGUUCCACAACUCUUCUCGGUUCUAUUCUUCUUUAUGUUGUUCGUCUUGGGAAUUGGAUCCAUUGUGGCCUUGCAAAGCACUAUUGUGACCAUCAUUUGCGACCAGUUCAAGGAUUGGAAGUACUGGAAGGUGGCUCUGACCACAUCUGUGUGCGGUUUCCUUAUGGGUUUGGUUUAUGUAACGCCGGGAGGUCAGUGGAUUCUCACUUUGGUAGAUUUCUAUGGCGGAACCUAUGUGGUCUUUAUUUUGGCCAUUUUUGAAUUGGCUGGAAUAGUGUGGGUUUAUGGUCUACAAAACUUCUGUGAUGACAUCGAGUUUAUGUGCAAUCGUCGUGUUUCAUGGUAUUGGCGGGCGUGCUGGUCCGUCUUUACGCCGGUCAUGAUGAUCAUUAUAUUCAUAUACUCGAUGGCCACCAUCGAGCCAAUUAAAUACAGUGAACUAUAUUUUCCUGAAGCCGCCAAUGUUGCUGGCUGGUUGUUGUUCGCCAUUGGAGCUGCCCAGUUUCCAUUAUGGGGUCUUUGGUAUAUUUCUCGGCAUCAACAAGGCACCUUAUGGCAGUCAUUUAAAGCUUCACUGAAGCCCAGCGAUCGAUGGGGUCCCGCGAAUCCAGAUAUUAGACGUGAAUGGGUGAUCUUUAAGAACCAGAAGGCGGCCGAAAGAUCAGCCCGGCAAGAGACCACGAAACUUGGACUCUUCUGGCGGAAACUCACAAAUUUCUGCGGCAGCAACAAAUAAACAAAGUUAAAGUCUAUAUAGAGCGGGGAGCAGAGGUGGGGAUAUCGUGGGGAUAUCAGAGAUUACGAUUAACCAUAACCACUUUUUAUUUAUAUACGCCAUUGUCAGCCUCUAUGAAGCCAUUAUAUAUGCGAAGCAAUCCUUCGACCGAAUAUAUCGCAUCUACCAAUAAUUAAAUACCUUCCUUUUUUUUGUUAUUCUAUGUACAAACUUCAUUUGAAAAUGUGAUAAUAAUUGAGCAGUAAAAAAUAAAUUAUUGUUAUCGAAAAA